UGCGCUGGUUUACUAAGGAUACCUUAAGCUCUACACCAAUUUAUUCUUAUCUACAUAUUAUCUACACGCUCCGUAAAGAUUAAAAAACAAAUAACAAUAAUAUCGAAAUUAGUGACGACGACAAUAAUUAUUAUUCAAUUUAUGUCAUAACUCAUUAACAUUAAUCUCACAAUAAUUCAUAGUACAAACUAUAAAUACUAUCAAUUUACGAUUGGAUAAUUAUUUUAAAUUUCUGUUUAUUGUUUUAUAUUUUUACAGUUAGACAGAAAAAUAAUUAUAUUACAAGAUUUACCAUAAAAACAAUUGUGUUAUAUUUUGAUUACGUACGAUAAUGGCUCAUCAUUUCAAGGAAGAAGACAUUGACGAAUUUAGAGAAUGUUUUUAUCUAUUUGCUAGAGAAGGGACAAUUAAUAAAUUAGAUGAACUCAGUGUAAUUAUGCGAUCUCUAGGAAUGAGUCCAACAAUAACUGAAUUAAAGAAAUACUUUUCAGAAAACAAUGGAAAAUUACAUUUUCCAGAUUUUCUGAAGGUAAUGCACAAUCAUUGUCGUGUAGAAAAAUUACCUAAUGAAAUUUUAGCAGCUUUUAAAGCUAACGAUCGUCAACAUAGCGGAACUAUUCAUAGCAAACAUCUUAAACAUCUAUUGCAAGGUUGGGGAGAGCAUUUAAAUAGCAAAGAAGUUGAACAAAUUUUUCGAGAAGCCAAUGUCCAUCCAAAUGGCAAAGUUAACUAUGAUGAAUUUGUAAAAAUUGCUUGUGCACCAAUUCCUGAUUAUUACUAAUUGUCACAUUUGUAAAUAUUUAUAAAAAUUAUUUAAUCUUAAUAGCAUUGAUUGAUGUAUCCCUCGUAUGUUGUGAAAUGCGAUUUCUAAUGUUUUUUUAUUCACAUAUUUCUAAUUAUACCUGGAUUGACACUGGCAAGUAUUAAAAAUGUGAACUUUCAACAAUGCUUUAAGUGAAACUAUUUAUGUUUGAAUAUUAUUUUUAAUUGUUACUAAUUUAGAAUUUUUAUACUAUAAUAUUAUACUAAUUUAUAAAUCAAAGAUGAAUAUGCACAUGUAUGUUUUUUUUUGUUUGUUUAAAAAUAAGUAAAACCAUAUAAUUUCAAGCUUACAUGGCAUUAUUUACUAUUUAUAUUUAUUGAGAAAUGAAAGACAAAUAAAUAUCAAACAUACUAUUAAUUUAA